AUGAACUUUUCUUCAGUCAUAAGCGACUACGUCAGGCACACCUGCGAUAAUCCCUCAACUUCCAGUGAUGGCAGCACGUAUUCCAAAAACUUAAACCUAGUUAUCAAAGAUCUGUUUCAUAAUGCACCUAAAAGUUCAGGUUUUAACACUUCUUCCCGCGGCCAAUCUCCAUAUAAGGUAUAUGGUCUGCUCCAGUGUAUUGGAAAUAUAUCACCUCAGAAAUGCUCAAACUGUGUGCUCGAAGCGAAUAAGACUAUUCAAAAUGUUUGCGCCAACAACAUAAGUGGGUUAAUAUGGUUUGAAGAAUGCUUCAUGCGCUACGACAGUUCUAAUUUCAUUUCAAUUCUAGAUGCUAGCGGAGAAAACUAUGUGAGCCUGUAUGAUAUUAGUAGCAAAUCGGAGGCUUUUGAGUCCACUGUCACCAGGCUUCUGUCAAACCUGUCAAACGAAGCUUACAUCCCUGCCAAUAAGGGAUUCGCUGCUGGAUUAGCCAUAUCUGAUAUUGCAGGAUAUAUAUAUGGUUUAGUUCAGUGUUGGGAAGAUAUAUCGAUACCGGAUUGCAUAACAUGCUUGGUUAAAGGAAUUGCACAGAUGGAGAAUAUUUCUCCAACAAAACUAGGAGCCCGGGUCCUGUACGGGAGCUGCAUGAUAAGAUAUGAAGUAUACCAAUUUUUCGAGUCUUCUCAGGAGCCUACUCCGUCCCCCGAGGGAUUCCAUCCAGCUUCCACACCUUUCCUGCCUCCUAAAGCUGCAUUCUCCCCUAGCAAACUUAAUGGAAUUUCUUUGACAAGGUCAAAAAAAAAGUUUUCGAAAGCAUUACUCAUGGUAUUGGGACUUGUGGGAAGCAUAAUUCUGGUGUUAAUUAUUUGUCUAAUUGUAUCUCGAAAAAUAAUAAAAUCUGGUAGUUUUUGGAUGUUAGUAACUCCUGCUACUCAUAAUCAAGAGAUGCAUGGAUUUUCCCUUGAAACUGGUUUAUUUAGGCAAGAGCAACACUUUGUCUUCAGCUUAGAUGUGUUGGUAGAAGCUACAGAAAAUUUUCAUGACAACAAGAAGAUUGGAGAGGGAGGUUUUGGUGCAGUAUACAAGGGAACAACUACAGAUGGAAAUGACAUUGCAGUCAAAAAACUCUCUGCCAAAUCUAAACAAGGAAAGAACGAAUUUAUGAAUGAAGUAAAAUUGAUGACUAAUGUUCAACAUCGAAACCUCGCAAAAUUGCUAGGAUGCUGUGUGGAGGGAAAUGAAAGAUUGCUUGUUUAUGAGUAUUUUCCCAACAAGAGCUUGGACACAUAUCUCUAUGAUUCAGAUAAGUGCGGAGAGCUAGAUUGGCACAAGCGUUAUAACAUCAUCACAGGAAUCGCUCGUGGACUUCUUUAUCUUCAUCAGGAUUCACAAUUGCGAGUCAUUCAUAGAGAUAUUAAAAUAAGCAACAUUUUACUUGACCGCAAACUCAAUGCAAAGAUAGCCGACUUUGGUCUAGCAAGACUUUUCCCUGAAGAUGAGACCCAUAUCAAUACAAGAGUUGCAGGCACAUUUGGUUACAUCGCUCCAGAGUACGCAAUCCAAGGGCAGCUGUCAGUUAAAGUAGAUGUUUACAGUUUCGGAGUGGUGCUGCUUGAAAUCAUCACUGGAAGGAAAAAUGGUGAUAUUCAUCUUCCGUACGAAAUGCAAAACCUGUUAGAAUGGGUAAGAAACUGGAAUUUCCACUAUCAUUUUUCACAAUUGUUACUUUUCAAUUAUAGGCCGCCAGAAUCUUGCGAUUUGAUGAUAUGUGAUGCCCAGGUGUGGAAACUAUUCAAGGGAGGAAAUGCAAUGAAUAUGGUAGAUUCGAAAGCAUCAAAAGUUGUUGAGGAGCAGGCCUUGAGGUGCAUUCACGUUGGGCUUUUAUGUGUGCAAGCUGAUGCAACGCUUCGUCCAACUAUGUCUAAUGUUAUUAUGAUGAUAUCUAGCAGCUCUGAGAAAUUGUCAAAUCCUUCAAAGCCUGCUUUUGUAAGUAAUAGCGAGAGCCAUGCUUCAAAUUCAAAAUCAAUGUCAAGCACACGGAUUGAGGAGAAUGGAAAGGGAACAACAUCGCAGAUAUGCGGGAAAGCUAUGUCAUCUUCAUCAGAAAUUCAAAAACGCAUUAGAGUUUUUGUGCGGCCAACUGUGAUAGAAGGGUUGGUGAGUGACUAUUUCUGUCAGGGAAGAUUCAAAGUGAAUGUGGUUGUGCUCAUCUCAGAUUUGUUCUCAUGCCCAUGUAUAGAUGUAUUGGAUAUUCGGUUAAUAGAUCAUUCUCCCUGCUUUCUGGUGGACGUAGCCACUUAG